CCGUAUUCAUUGUGAUAAGAAUUAGCCUAUCAUUUCAAUAGGGAAGAUAAUUCAAUAGACAAUAGAUUAAAAGCAGAAGUUCAAAGUGCUGCUGUUUUGUCCAGUUUUUCAUUUAAGCUUUAUCACCUCAAUAUAUGUAAAUAUUAUUUUUUAGUGUUAAUUCGCACAGAAAUACUUUCGUUUGUCACUCGUAAGCCAUAAAACAAAAUGCUGUCACUGUUACGCGCUACCACCGGCUUUACUCCUGUCAUGCGAGUACUUCAAAAGGCAACACAUCAGCACCAAGUGCGGAAUUUGAAUUUGCUGGAGUGCAACAGCAAAGAUCUGCUGCAGAAAUAUGGUGUCUCUAUACAGGAAUUCAAAGUGCUGGAUAAGUCGCCAAACGAUGCGCAGAAGAUCAAUCAAUUCGAAUGUCCGGAGUACGUGGUGAAGGCGCAGAUACUAGCAGGCGGUCGUGGUAAGGGGAUUUUCGACAACGGGUUCAAAGGUGGCGUACAUCUUACCAAACAGAAAGGCGAAGUUCUGGAGCUGACAAAUAAAAUGAUCGGUCACCGUCUCAUUACUAAACAAACGCCAAAGUCGGGUAUAUUGGUAAAAAAAGUAAUGGUGGCACGUAGCGUAAAUAUAAUACGUGAAACGUACUUAUCCAUAGUGUUGGAUCGUGAACAUAAUGGUCCAGUGCUCAUUGCCUCGCCAGCUGGUGGUAUGGACAUCGAGGCGGUCGCCGAAAAGACACCAGAGAAAAUCAAGACUGUACCCUUAGAUCUCGACAAACCAAUACCACAAGAGACACUUAGCGAAAUAGCUAAAUUUCUGGAGUUUAAAGGGCAGUGUAUAGAGCGUGCCGCCGGCGAGAUUCAAAAGCUAUUCGAUCUCUUUAAGGCAGUUGAUGCUACACAAAUCGAAAUAAACCCAUUAGCAGAAACCGAUACUGGCGAAGUUAUAUCUGUUGAUGCGAAAUUAAACUUUGAUGAUAAUGCCGAAUAUCGUCAACAUGAUAUUUUUGCACUUCACACGGCGGAAGAAGACACAGAUCCACGCGAAGUAGAAGCAGCUAAAAAUAAUCUCAAUUACGUAGCGAUGGAUGGCAAUAUUGGCUGUCUGGUAAAUGGUGCUGGUCUCGCUAUGGCCACUAUGGAUAUAAUCAAGCUAAGCGGUGGAGAGCCAGCGAAUUUCCUCGAUGUUGGUGGUGGUGUUAAGGAAAGUCAAGUGUUGAAGGCCUUUCAAAUUGUCACAUCCGAUCCGAAAGUGAAAGCUAUACUUGUUAAUGUUUUCGGUGGUAUUGUUAACUGUGCUACCAUUGCAAACGGUGUGGUAGCAGCUUCAAAAACUCUCAAUCUUAAGGUGCCACUUAUUGUACGAUUGGAAGGCACAAAUGUGGAUGAGGCCAGAAAGAUUUUGAAGGAUUCGGGACUGCCUAUACAAACAGCAGUGGAUUUGGAUGACGCUGCUAAUAAAGCUGUUGCUGCUUUGCAUUAAUGUGUUCUCGAAGUGCUCGAAUAUCUUUGGGUUACUAAAAUUUUCAAAUACAACAUUGCAUUUUUAAUAUACAAACAUACAUAUGUACGUAUGUAUUAAGUUCAGGUUAAAUGCUUUGAUAAAGUUGUGCGUUUUUAUUUUCGUUUCGGUAGUGUAUAGCAAUUUACAAAUUUUUUUUAAUAUGUGAUAAUUGUAAAUUCAAUUGUUGGUAGUUGAGUGCUAAUAAAAGUUAA